CUGCGUAGUAAUUUGGUGAGGUAGCCUACGUACGUAGGUGCCUAGCCUACCUACGUACAUAUUUUUUCUAGCUGAUAGCGGUGAGCGUAUUUCCCCGGUGUAUUUGUCAUUUGGCGAAAGCGGUUGUGAGCAGCACCGUUGUUAGCAUCUAACUCUGACUCUUGACAAGGGACAAAAUAAACAGUCCAGGAACACAACACGAGGACUUCCGGUGUGCCGAGUUCUGCCUGCCCGCCGAGAAAUGCAUAAUCCACCUCAGGCCAGAAUCACACCUUAUUGCCUCCCACAACCAGCAAGAAAUGGUUCUUCAGUGGGGCCACUCUUCCAAGCUGGCUUGUCAUCCUAGAGCCCACAGAACUCCGACUUUCAUCUGUAGAAGGUUCUGGUGGCCCACCAUCACUCAGGACACCCGAUCCUUCAUUUCCUCCUGUGCCGUGGCAAGACUUCACAUCAGGCUCUGGCCAGGUUGCUACGCCCCCUUCUCAUACCUGCCUGUCCAUGGUCCCACAUCGCCGUGAAUUUUGUCACCAGCCUGCCACUGUCAUAAGACCGUUCUCCUCACAGGUAUGGAAAGCAUUCUGUCAGGCUUUGGGGGCGUCACCAAGUUUGUCAUCCAGUUUCCAUCCCCAGAACAAUGGCCAGACAGAGAGAGCCAACCAAGAUCUGGAGUCAGCCCUGUGCUGCAUCAUGGCCUGUCACCCUGCCUCCUGAAGCCUUCACCUGCCUUGGAUCGAGUAUGCCCACAACACCAUGACCAACGCCUCCACGGGUAUGUCCCCAUUAGUGGCAUUGGUGGGGUUCCAGCCCCCCUGUUCCCUCCCAGGAAGGUGAAGUGGAUGUCCCCUGCGUCCAGGGGAGUAUUUCCAUUUUAUGUUACUGUAUACUUCCACCCCUACAUUUCAGAGAGAAAUACUUUUAACUCCACUACAUUUAUCUCACGGCUUUAGUUACAAGUUACCUGUAAGACAAAGAUUUAACACUAUGGAAAACAUAGCAAGCUUUUUAAAAUACAAAAUUUCAAAAAUUCAGAUGCCUGGAUUGUUAACAGCUCAUGAUCAGCAAACGAUUUCCCCCUGUAAACUUCUCAUAUGGUUCUCAUAAGUUAAUUGAAUGUUCAAAUUAUCCAAUAUCUCAUCAAAAAAAUCAUAGACUGCGGACGGAAAAAGUCCAAAAACUGAAAACAGAUUUGUGUAUCUAAACUAUAUACAUUGACAAUCAGCUAAUUCAUUCAAUUUCACAGAGAAUGGAUUUCUGUAAAUUUGUAAGACACACACAUACUUUCAGUAUCUUGUUGUAUCAAUAUCAGUAUCAGUAUGAUGUUUUUCUGUACUGGUAUGGGAUGUGAUCCAAAAAGCCAUACAAUUUCCCACAUCUCUAGUAAGGUUAGCUGGGCCAGGCAGCCCAGUUCUGGAUCAUCAAUUGCCAUCUCCUCUUCUCCUUUUCAUCACACAGAAAGCGGCAAAAUGACAACUGAAUCAUUUUUUUGAACUCAGAUCAGUUCAAACAACACAGGUCAGCACCAGGACCAAGCACAACAUCCUACAAGCUGUAUAGCACUGCCCCAAACUGCUACACCAGCUUUGGAGGAUCUUGAAGGUCCUUUGGAGGAGAGGAAAACAGCAGUGGCGUAUUGUAGAGGGAGUGUGAAUCAUAAAAGAGGAGGACUUUAGGAAUAUCAGCCAUGUCAUUGGUUAGCAUUGGUUGGAAGGCAAGAUUGUUUUCAGCAUUCUAGCCAAGCAACUGGCUGAUUUCUUCCUCAAGAAUGGAUACAUAGACCCUUCAGUGUACCAGGCUGUCUAGAGCGUACAGUGGUCAGACAGCUGCUCAGAGAAGCCAAGAGAGCAGGGGUGACUUGGUUGUGCUGUGGUUAGCGCUGGCCAAUGCAUAUGGCUUUAUGCCCCACAAGCUGGUGCUGGAGACGUGAGAGAGGCACCAUAUUCCAUUCACAGUAAAAGACCUCAUCCUGGAUUAAUACAGUGAUUUCAACCUGAGGGUCUCAGCAGGCCCAACAACUUCUGAGUUUGGCGGUGGGAAUCAUCACAGGCUGCACCAUGUCUAUAAUCCUGUUUGCCCUGGUGAUGAACAUGUUGGUGAAAUCAGCUGACCCAGGGUGCAGAGGCCCAAAGUCCAACUCAGGGAUCCACCAACCAACAAUUUGCGCAUUCAUGGAUGACCUAACAGUGACCACUGAGUCAGUGCCAGGAGGCAGAUGGAUCCUGAAUGGCCUUGAGAGGCUGAUGGAAUAGGCCAGGAUAGAAAUCAAGGUCUUUGGUUUUGAAGAGAGGUUUUAUUUCUCUAUCAAAGCAUCUACUACAACAGUUUCAAGCAUACAGCAUCUACCAGAAAAGCUGCAAGGAGUUGGAGAGGUGCUUGAAAGAAGUCGACAAGACAGGCCUUCCAGGAAAAUUCAAAGCAUGGAUCUAUCAACAUGGGAUUCUGCCUAGGAUCCUGUGACCACUGCUUCUUUAUGAGUUUCCAAUCUCCACCAUUUCAGACCUGGAAUGGAGAGUCUACCAUUUCCUGAGAAGAUGGCUAGGCUCCUCCUCAAAUCCAUUGAGGAGGACUUCUGGUCUUGUAAAGAAGGGAAGUGCUGCAACUUAGAGAGUCCACAGACCCGAAAGUUGCUGGGGCAGGGGUAGCAGUCAAGACUGGCAGGAAGUGGAGAGCAGAUGUUGCAGUUGGGCACAGUAAUGACUACGCCAUGCAGUCCUGGUGGGAACAGUGGCUAGAGGAAGGGCAGGGCCAGGAACAGUCGCGUCCCCUCAGUAUGAAAAGGCCCAGCAAAAAGACAACUGGUCCAGAGAGAAGUGAAAGCUACUAUAGAGGAGAACCAGCAGAGCAAUGGGAAUGAGACAUCAAGGCGCUUGGACCAAAUGGAACAAGUUACGGAGAGAAAGAUCUCAUGAACUGACCUUAGACAAGCUCAAAAAUUUUCAGAUUUGGAAUCUUAUUUGUUUAAUUUCAGAUACAUUUUGAACAUACAUGAAUAUAUCUGUUAAUUAUAACCAGAUCAUACCACUAUCAAAGGAGUUUAACACUACAAUUUAAGAAAUAUAAGAAAUUAUAAAAGAAUUAUUUGGGACCCAUUGAAUUUCCCAGGGACCCACUAAAAUCACCACCUGUGGGUCCCGGGGACUCACUACAUUGAAAACCUAUCAACAUCACUGACUCUCGUCUGUAAGCUAAUGUCUCCUGUUAACCACCAGAGGGACCCAAAGAGCUGUUGCCAUUCAGGUAGAUAGGAUGUCAAUAAACAGAGAGAAAGAUUUUCAAUGGAAGGUAAAAAGGAGAGUUUAUUUUUCUUGUAUUUGAUAACGAUUUAAACUAUGUGGUGAGGUAUAACUGUUUAAAAUGAAUUUGAUUGACAUUUGAAAACUGGUGGAGUUCCAUGUGGACAAGCAGGACUGGACAGUAGAAACAGAAACAUCUGUAAAAUUCAAAUAUUGCGCUGCUUUUCUGUGGAGAGUUGCUUCUUUAGCAGCGAGUAUUUGGCUGCUUUUAUCUAAACUGGCCCUCUCCUAUGAUUGAUAGACACUCACCUGUAGUGACGUAGUCAGCGAAGCUUAAUGGGCGCCUUCAAACAGGAGGAGGAAGUGAGUGAGUAAGAAGAAAUAUGUGACAGAGCGGAGCGAAGGACCAGAGCUGCUGCUACAGCUGCACUUCUCCUCUCUCUGGACAGCAGCUGUCGCAUACUUCACACUUCUUUCUGAUAUCAUUUAAUACGGAAGCCGACCGGUGUUUGUACGCUCAACUCACACAGAUUCCUCUGAUGUUGUAGGUUUUGUAGCACUCAGUAGACUGGGCCGUGAUCACGCCAGGAGGACGCCAUGUCCCAAAGCCGGUCAGACAACUGCACGGGCGACCAGGCCCCUCUAGUUCUGGAGAGCCACUUCUCCACAGAACUACAUAUAUCUGAGCCAGGUGAUGAUUGCUGCCAGUCAGAAAGUCCCUCCACACCCCAACAUGAAAUAUCCACACCCAAAGAAGAUGAAGUAGACAGGCUUGUGGUGCCUCAGCAGGUGGUCUUGAGCACCCAGAGUCCUGCAGGACUGAAGGUUGGCACUCAUCAACUCAUCCCCAAGAGUUUAGCCACGGCUAGCCGACAUAAAACCCGCCACCACACUACCGUGGUGACGUUCCCAGUGGGACUGGAGCACUCCAGCAGUGGGACCCGGAGCCGACAUUCAACCCAGGGGCCAGAUUUGUCCUGGGAGGAUUAUGACAGUGAUGGAGAUGGUUUUGCUUUGAGGAGGAACCGCAGGAACAAGUCGUACAGAGCAGCUGUGACCAGCCUGGAUAUUGAAGCCAUAGCAGCAGGACAAGGGGCUAUGGCCGUGCUGAAACCUGUCAGAGAGGGCAGAGCACCCAGUCCUGGUCCAGCUCGCAGCCCUGGACGCAAGCGAACCUUCGGGAGAAAGAGGAACCAGAAGCAACGUGGAUCCUUCAAAGACGCUACACCGUGCCUCUACCAGGAGAUCCGUGAGCGUGGGCUGCACUCCACCAACCAGGAUGAGUUGCUGGAUGACUUUGUGGUGGUGGAGCCUCCUGUGGAGGACCAGGGCAUCGUGGUGAAGAGCUACCGGCCAGCACAGCUCACCUGGAGCCAGCUACCACAGGUGAAGGACACAGGAGUCCUGACAAUGAUCUCACCUCAGGAGAGAAAGAGACAAGAGGCUAUUUUUGAGAUAAUCACCUCGGAGCAUUCGUACCUGCACAGCCUGGGCAUUCUGGUGCGUCACUUCAAGAGCAACGAAGCACUAAGGAAAACCAUGACGGCUACAGAGCACCAUCACCUCUUCUCCAACAUCUCUGUCAUCCAGCAAGUCAGCCAGCGGUUUUUUGAGGACCUUGAACGGCGUCACUAUGACAACCCAGUGAUUCGAGACAUUAGCGAUAUUGUUCAGAACCACGCUGCACACCACUUUGAACCCUACAUUGUCUACUGCUCCAACGAGACCUUCCAGCAGAGGACACUGCAGAAGCUGCUGACCAGCAACAGCGCGUUCAAAGAGACCCUGAAGCAAAUUGAAGGGAGCAGUGAAUGCGGCGGCCUCCCCAUGAUCUCUUUCCUCAUCCUUCCUAUGCAGCGAGUGACCAGACUGCCCCUGCUGCUGGAUACAAUCUGCCAGAAAACUCCAGACAAGACAGCGGAGUACUUUGCUGCUGUUUGGGCUCUUCACGCCAUCAGCAAGUUGGUCACUAGCUGCAAUGAUGGAGCAAGGCGGAUGGAGAGGACAGAGCAGAUGUACACCAUCCAGAAACAGAUGGAUUUUGGUAAAAUCAAGCCAUUUCCUCUGGUGUCAUCAUCGCGGUGGCUGAAGAAGCGUGGCGAGCUGGCCGUCUCCACGGAGGAGCUCAGCAUCUGGAGGGCUUUCAGCAACAGGAGCUACUACCUCUUUCUCUUCAAUGAUGUACUGAUCGUUACCAAGAAGAAGAGUGAGGAGAGCUUUGUGGUGAUGGACUAUGCCACUUUGGAGAAUGUGGAGGUGGAGGUUGGAGAGGACGCUGAGGAACGGACGUCUCCGCCUGCCAAGAACAGCCACUAUCUUUCCUUCAAACUGCUGAUGAGCAGGAACAGCGAGGGCAGAUCAGAGCACAUCUCCCUGGUGGCCGAUUCAAGGAUGGACCGGGCCCGUUGGAUAGUUGCUCUUACAGAGCACGAGCAGGCAGGUGUCUUCACCUGUACAGAUGGUCUGCCACAGUAUGAGGCCACUAAAGCCUACAUGCCAAAGGAGCCAGAUGAGCUGGGGCUGCAACAGGCUGAGCUUGUCAUUGUCAUACGGAAAGAGGAAGCUUGGUGCUAUGGGGAGAGAAUGCGAGAUGGAGAGAGAGGUUGGUUUCCUGCUAGCUGUGCCACAGAGAUCACCAACCCCACCGCCAUGGAGAACAACGUGCAACGCAUGAAGCGCUUGCGCAAAGAGACCAACGUUUGAAGUGCAAUACUAUCGUAUAAGGAUGUACACGGGACAAAAUAACAGAAACCCCUUCUAGUAGAUUUGUGAUACUCACUUUGUUCAGUUUUUGUUGAGACUGCAUUACUAGUGAAUUACGUUGGACAUAGGAAAAGUAUUAAUUAUUGGUCCAGAGGUCCAUUACCAACAGACUGAAAGACAUGUUCAAGGAUAUGUAAAGCAUUAAAAGUGGACAUUAAAGCCAUCUUGGUGCCCCCAGUGGUAGAAGAUGUACAGGAGCCAUGAGGUACUUGGUUUGAUUUCAACCAGUCAGACAAUCCAAACCAGUUAUUUUAAAACAUGGCCAUUAGGUAGAACAUCAAAAAACUAUUUUUAGCAGAGCCAUAUAUAUAUAUAUAUAUAUAUUUACUUCACCUUCUAGUGUGCAACCAAUAACUCAUUUGCAGUAGUAGGAUUUUUUUGGCCAGCAAUGGACAUUUCAUUGAACUUGUACAGCACUACCUUGUUAUUUCCUUGUUGGUGUGAAUGUAAAUUUUAACUUACUGGCUGUAGUAAAUAAUGAACCUCUAAUGCAGCCUCUGGUUUUAUUUCCAAACUAGUAGCUAGAAAAUGUAAUGUUAUUGUCUACAUACACUGUAGUGUGAGAAACUGCAUGCGAAAAAAUUGAAGUGUAUUUCCUACACUUUGCUUUCAGGAAUGUUGUCCCCUGAACCCAAGAUGAGAAAUUUGAUCCACAUAGUACUAAAUACGGGUUACAUUUGUGUCACAUGUUAAUGGUGCUGUCUAGGGUUUUUGUUACCAUGGUUUUGGUAAACAUUAGCCUUUUUAAAAUGUAGUUUAUGGUAUAGCAUAUUAUUGUUAAAGUUGGUAGAUGAAAUAUUUACUGCACCGUACAAGGUUGUCUUUGUCUACAUGUAUGAAAGGAAAAAACACUCCCAGUCUACACUUUAAUUGAAAGAAAACUAAUUCUGUGGUUUGUGCCAUUGUGUAGAGCCCAUAUACUUGAAAAUAAAAUAAAGCCACCGGAGACUGUAUUCCUGGUUUCUGGACUUUUAUUUGAGCUUGCAUUUUGUUAAAAUGUUUGAAUACAUAAAAAGUUAUUUAAAAAUGUCAAACUGACCAGAUAUCAAAUUCCAUUUUCUCUUUAAAAACCAUUUGGUGUAAAAACUUAGGACAGAUU